CCGUAUCGACCAAGUCGAGCUUGCUCUCCCCCGUAUCCCUCCCCUUCUCCUGCUCUCCCUCCCAGCGGCGGCCGCUUCGUCGGCGGCGAGCCUCGUCGGACGCGCUCCUCCACGGCGUCGGGUACCUCCCCGCGCGGCCCCUGGAUGCUUUGCCGCCGCGAAUCGGAUCUGGCCGGCCGCGAGGGCCUUCUCUGGCGCUCCGGCUGGGGCGGCCGACCCGCAGGGUGGCCCGUAGAAGGUUGCUAUCGUCAGUGGAGGCAUGGUGGGCCUGGCUGUUGCUUGUGCACUGUGUAGGGCAUGUUUGUUCCUGCCAUAUAAGGGCAAGGGACUGAAGAGCAACAGAAGAAGUGGUUGCCAAUGGCGUACAAGUUCCAAAUAAUUGGAUGCUAUGCUCAGACUGAACUUGAGCAUGGUUCAAAUGUUUAGGGUCUUGAGACAACUGCCACAUUUGAUCCAAGUACCGAGGAGUUUGUUAAUGCACAGCCCAACUCUGACCUCUAGCAAGUGGUGGCCUGGCGGCUUGGGCAAAUCUUCCACUCAUGCAGUUGUCUAUGCUCGUCUCAUUACGGAAGGAAAAGACUAUGGCAUACAUGGUUUCAUUGUGCAGUUGCGAAGCUUAGAUGACCACUCUCCUCUUCCUGGCGUUACUCUCGGUGAUAUUGGUGGAAAGUUUGGCAGUGGGGCGUAUAACAGCAUGGAUAAUGGUGUUCUGCGCUUCGACCAUGUGCGCAUCCCAAGGGAUCAAAUGUUGAUGAGAACCAAAACGAUGAAGCAACUGAAGAAAGCCACAGGAGAGGAGAGGACUCCAAGAGAUGAUCCAAUGCGCGUCGAAGGGUACACAUGCAGCAUAGAGGGCUGUUCGAUGAGCUUCGGCACGAAGAAUGAACUGUCCCUGCAUGAGCGCCACAUCUCCCCGGUGGAUGGCUGUGGAAAGAAGUUCUUCAUGCACAAGCAUCUGCUGCAGCACCGCGAGGUUCACACCGAAACGACGAAGCAGCUGAAGAAGGCUACAGGAGAGGAGAGGACUCCAAGAUAUCAUCCGAUGCACGUCGAAGGGUACACUUGUGGCAUCGAGGGCUGCUGGAUGAGCUUCGACCGAAAAGGGAACUGUCCCUGCAUGAGCGUGACUUGUGUGUUCUAGAUGAUUGUUAAGAUGGUCAAAACUAUGCUUCCUCUAGGUUAAUUUGUUUUUCAACUUGCGUUCAAUGUAUGUGCAUGUUUAUAAACAUAUUUUCAUUGUGGUGUAAUAUGUGUUUAUCUUGAACCUUCUUGUGGGUGUGAGGAUAAUAAUUGAAUAUUU